AUGGGGCGCUAUGAAAGAAAAACUGAAGGUCCUUCAUGGUCCAGAGAAACUUUAAAUGAAGCAGUCGAAGCUGUUCGAUCGGGUAGGAUGUCUGGGUAUGCAGCCGCAUCAACCUUUGCUAUCCCAAGAAAAACUAUUAUGGACCACGUCACAGGUCGAAGGGGCCAAAAGUCAUUAAGUUUAGGCAGACCACCAGUAUUUAAAUAUGAGACAGAACAAAGGAUGGCAAAAUGUUUGCAUAUAAUGGAAAUAAAUGGCUUCGGCCUGACUCGUACAGAAUUUCUAGAUAUUGUUAAGGGAUACGUCAAACAGAACAAUCUAAAAACACCUUUCAACGAUGGUACUCCCGGCAAAGAUUGGUUUUUAAGCUUCAAAAAGCGUUAUAAGUUAUCUAUUAAAAAGCCGCAGGCUGUAGAGGUUGCUCGUAAGAAAGCCGCAGAUUCAUUUGCCAUCCAAGAAUUUUAUGAUAUUCUAGAAAGAGUGAUUGCCGAGUUAGGACUUCAGGACAAGCCUGAAAGAAUUUACAAUUUGGAUGAAACCAAUGGUAGAGAAGUAAGGCUAAACCUUCCACAGAUUGCAAUACCAGAAGGACCAAUACUGCAGAAUAACGUUGAGAUCGCGCCUAGUGGUAGCUUCGGCAUACUGAACGCCGAGACGCAUAACGCGUACGAGUGUUACAUAUCACCCUUAGUAACCUCGAAUAGAGUAAUAGCUUCAGCACUACGGCAAGUUGACUACGAUCCAAUCCCCCCCGACAUCAUCGUAGGGAAUUUGGUCCCAAAUAGAAACCUCCUUGGAUAUGAAGCAAUUGAUAUCCAUAGCGUCGGAGCCAUGUCAAGACUGGCUGGAAUAGAUUUCCCCAACGACGAUACUCUUGAAGGGAGGCAGGCAGGAUGGCUGGAAGACCCGGUACCAACAGAAGACGAAGACGACUUGCCUCUAGUUAUUUGGGCCCGACAGUUGGAACUUCCAACAGCUUAUACGCCAGAGGAGUUACAGGAUUACGAAAACAUAGACGAGACAGUGGCUACAGCAGCAGGAGUUUCAGACGAGAACAUUCUGAAUGCUGUUCGUGUUGUUGUUGAUGACGAAGAGCAAGAGGAAAUUGAUCCAGAGCCGGAACCAGUCCCAACCCUGUCUACAGGCCCUGGAGGCUGC